UCCUGGUCAGUGUUAAAGGUGAAGGACUCAGAGAUAAAUUCUCUAAAAUAAAAAUCCCAGGAAAUUGCCUGGUGGUCCAGUGGUUAGGACUCUGUGCUUUCACUGCCGAGGGCCCUGUUCAGUCCUUGGUCAGGGAACUAAGAUCUUGCAAACCAGGUGGUGUAGCCAAAAAAAUAGUAACAAGAAAGAAAGCAAAGAAAAAUCACAGUGUAGAGUCCAACUAGUACUUUCAGGAACAGUGAUAGAAAUGGUUUGAAAUUGGAGCUGUCCCUGAAGAUAAGGAACAUACAGCCCUUCUGUCUAGAAGGCAGGUGACAGCCAGGUAUCAAUUGGUGGAACCACUAUUCACUCAGAAUCCCAAGGCUGAAACCUUGAGAGCCAGUCUCAGUUCUUCUUGCUCAGUUAAUUGGUUACUAAACAAUUAAAAUUCUUCCUUCUCAGCCUCUCUCAUGAGGGAUCCCUUCUUUCCACCCUUGUGGCAGUUGCUCUAGCUAAGACCUGGCAGUACGCCCCUUACUGUAUCAUUUAGAAUGCGUUUAGCGAACCCGGAGCUUAGAGACAGGCACCGUCCAGGUUUAGCCGCCAUGUCCCUGCAGAAUGAUUUUGACAAGGCGGCCAAAGACGUGAGGAAGCUGAAAACCAGGCCAGAUGAUGAGGAACUAAAAGAGAUCUAUGGACUCUACAAACAGUCUGUAACUGGAGACAUAGAUAUUGAGUGUCCAGCACUGUUAGAUCUAAAAGGAAAGGCUAAGUGGGAAGCCUGGAACCUUCAAAAAGGAUUAUCAAAGGAAGAUGCCAUGAGUGCCUAUAUUUCUAAAGCAAGAGAGCUAAUAGAAAAAUACGGAAUCUAGAAUUCAGCCCGUGAGAGAAUUUUCCUUUUGAAGCCUUCAUAAUGGUAUUGUGACCUAAUACUUAGGGGAGAAAUGCACUAUAACUCUUGAUGGAUCAUCAAUAUUUUUGCUAGUAACAUGACUUGUCAUUCUGAAUUAGAGGUAUGCUGAAACUACAUGUUUAAUAAAAUUUUACUUGCUA